AGGACGAGGCUAUGGGACUCGUCAACAUGGCUUGAUGCUGCUUGUAGUAGUUCGUCUGUUGUCGGUUUAAUCCAUGCAGGAAGGAGUUUCCCUGCCCUACUAUGUCUCUCUCAGUGAGCAGUAAUAAUUGGAAACCCUCCACAAAAGAAGACAGCAACAUGAAAGAGCGGGGCUCGGGAUUGACCCGGAUUCAGAAGCUGCGACGUCGUCUGAGCUGCAGCUUUGGCCGCCUCUCAUUUUCCAAAGAAGUCAUCCUGCCGGACUACGACACAGAGAACGAGAACGUUGCUGUGACGCGGGUGACACUGAACGGGUUCGAAAAGGAAGACCGCUCACACACCCCCGAGGGCAAGCUGGACAAUGAGCGAGCACAUACGCCCAACCGGAACCAGGGUUCAACGCACCGGGAGCCCAAUGGCAACCUGAGCCCAGUGUCUGAAGACAACCUAUCCGAUAGCCAGGCGCCCCCGAUGCCGCCGCCGCGAACUUCGUCAUCUCACAGCUACCUCAACAAGGUCUGCAACCUGGCCUCCAAGGCUGAAGGCGGUAGCGGGUUGAACAGCAGCCAUGGACAUGCCAAGCCCGCGGGGGGCGCCUGGCCGCGACCUGCACCGCACAGUAGCAGCUUCGACGAGUGCACCUCCAUCGAGUACCGACAGCUGCCCCCAGCCAAGCCUCGACGCAAGCCCCCGAGGCCCAAGUCCGAGAUCUUCUUCUCUCAAGACAAGGCCAUCAAAACACCGCGCUGUCCGUCUAUGGUGUUUGAGGGCACAAAUAUGACAUUUGGCAGGAUAGAAGCCUAUGUGAGAUUGGAACAGCUGGGGGAAGGGUCCUAUGCCACAGUGUACAGAGGAUUCAGCAAUCUCAUGAGUAAAGUGGUAGCUCUAAAGGAAAUCAGAUUGCAACCUGAAGAGGGCACACCAUUCACAGCAAUUCGUGAAGCAUCCUUACUCCGUGGUCUCAAGCACGCAAACAUUGUAACACUUCAUGACAUCAUCCAUACGAAAGACACUCUCACCUUUGUUUUUGAAUAUGUGCACACUGACUUAAGUCAGUAUCUGGAAAAACAUCCAGGAGGCUUGAAUCCCAAAAAUAUUAAGCUGUUUUUGUUCCAGUUACUACGAGGGCUUUCAUAUUGCCACGAAAAAGUCAUUCUUCAUAGAGACCUGAAGCCACAGAAUCUCCUCAUCAGUGAACAAGGGGAAUUAAAACUUGCAGACUUCGGCCUGGCUCGGGCGAAAUCUGUUCCUAGUCGCACCUACUCACAUGAGGUGGUAACACUCUGGUAUCGACCACCGGAUGUUCUCCUAGGGUCAACGGACUACUCCACUUCUCUCGACAUGUGGGGUGUCGGAUGCAUCUUUGUGGAAAUGAUUACCGGUGCAGCAGCAUUUCCAGGGGUGAAAGACACUACUGAUCAGUUAGACAAAAUCUGGAAGAUCCUGGGAACACCAACGGAAGAAACUUGGGAAGGUGUCUCGCGGUUCAAAAAUUAUAAACUACAUAAAUUUGGCAUGUACCAGGCACAACCCUUAAAGAGUGCAUUCCCAAAGGUGGCAGAGAUUCCUCAAGCGGAUGAAAUUGCCAAUAGAUUCUUACAGCUUCGACCACAGUGCAGGAUAUCAGCUGCCGACGGAUUAAGGCAUCAAUAUUUCGCAGACAUACCACCGCAAGUUUAUGAUCUCCCAGACCAGGCCUCUAUAUUCACAAUUCCUGGUUGUAAACUUAGUCCAGAGACCUACAAUCUCCCCAUGUCUGUGAUGAAGGCAGCAGCCAAACUGCGACGUUAACUGUGAUACAACAAUCUAGGCCACCUCCCCUCCACCAUACACGAUUGAUUCUCAUUUUAAACUGAUGCUGUUGUCUAGAUGAUACGUUUGUACAUUUACACCUCGACGUCUGCUCCGGCCAUCAUGUAAAAACGACAUCCAUCCACGGCUGCUCGGAAAGCGGCAUGAUUCUCGUAGAGGAUGGUGCCCUCGGAGCAUCGGAGCGAUCACGUUCAACUGCAACACUGGACAGAUAAUGCUUUGUUGGAACUUUCGCGUGUCUAUGGGAACAUUCCCGCCCCCCCUCCCUCCCUCUCUGGGAAAUGCACUGUUCUGCCAGAAAAAACAAAGGAUGGGAAUGCGUGUGUCCGCUUGAGGUUUCUAGCACGUGUGUCUCAAAUUCGGAGUGUGUGUGUGUGUGUUUUUAAUUUAUUUAUUCUGCGGGUGUCUAUAUCUGUGCAGUUGGGGGCUACUGGAGUUGUGCCAUGUGAGUGUACAGUACGUAUUUCUUUGCUGUUGCUACUCUUGCAUCCAGCUUAUUAUUUAAGGAGGCUGUUGUUAAAUAGCGUACGGUUUGGAGACAAUUCACUGUGGAAGCUCUCUGUCUCUAGGCAAGAUCUCUACAUACAUAUAUAGUUGCAGUUCAGUGAAACGCUCUCGGACGUGUUCGGUGUCUCACGAUGUCCUCCUGAGCAAGCUGAGCCGCUGACGGAAGGAAAAAAGAAAGCCUGCCAUACAAGCUCCAUCCAGUGUUUCAGAAACCCAGGGCCCGUUAUUUUUGUGACGCCAUACUACGUGGCACCUUUUUGACAGAGCUGUAAGCCCUGCAUUUAAAUCUGUCAGCGCCGAGCAAAAAAUUUCCGCACAACUGAGAAACGACUGUUUUUGUGUACACCACACUGUAUUGAACACAUUGUUUGGUCUAUGUUCCUGAGAAGGAACUUUGAAUGAUGUUCAAAAUGGAAAUGUUAUAGCGUGUCAGCAACACAUGUAAUAUCCUGCCAUAUCUGGGCCAUGCCCUACUCUAGCACCGAAAAUUGAUUGUCCUAUUUUGCGUACGUGGAAUAGUUUAAGUUCCGUCCGACGCAUGUAACAUACCCGGUGUCAGUCGCAACGGCAAUGCGGUAUUCCAAGAGGCCAGCUGUACAUACAUUUAUAUUUUUUAAAGGUAGUUUACUUUUAUUUAUUGCGGACUUUACUCGCAAUGCCAUGUAAGCAAUUGCAGUAAAGCUCAUUCCGGCCUUAUUCUUAGAAUUUUAUCGUGAGAGGUGUCAUUAUUUCUGAAGAAUAGGUAUAAAAUGAGGUGAUUAUGUUAGGAAUCGUGCUAAUGUGCAGUGAGCAUUAAAUACGAGGGGUGUCCAGCAAGUAAGUUCCGAUUAGCUAUUAGAAAACAAUGGAAACUCGCUUUUAAAAUGUUUUUAUUUUUCACUGGGUUACGCAUAUCUCAACUACCUCUCUAUGCAGUUUCCACUGUUAUUGAGGCACUGGUCAUAGUGAGGCAUCAGUUUUUGCAUCCCUGUAUCGUUGGAUGAAUCUGAAGUGUGGUGGACUAGUAUGGCACUGCUUCCUUCACAUAAUCGUUUUCAUGCCUGCGAAAACUGCGGCCUCGACGGAAACGUUUUCAGCGUCUGUUCUUGCAAACUGUUCCUUCGACCACGUGACAAAGUGUCGUCCACUCACAAGGCGUGGGUCCCCGUUGAACGCAGAACCAACGCCGCCUAGGUAGAGAAGGCCUGCUCAAUGCCUCCUCUCCCCCCUUCGCCACGUGGACACACAAAGUCAGAAUUCGUCGGCUACAGCGAUUCGCCGUUCUGCGAAUUCACGAACCUACGAAUGACUGCAGCGAGCUUCGCAAAUGCGUACCUAAAAGUUGGCUAGGUUGGCUGCGGCCGUUGAAAACACAGUCCCGAUUGGCUGACUGUUGGGAAGCAGGCUUUCUCUAUCUAGUUGGUGUUGCAAGAACCUCCUUAUUUGAGAGAGGGACCAAGUGACGUCACUUCACGGGCAGUAUGGGAGCUGUCAAACAUUUUAAAUCUGAAAAAAAAUAAAAAAAAUAAAAACAUGCAUCAGCACUAUCUAGCUCAAAAUGGCGUCUAUGACUCUCUAGCGGACAAAUGAAUUUACAGGUAAGCCUACAAUGCCGACUGCAGUCCAGUAGCGCCAGUAUUCGCGAACGGAACUUACUUCCUGGACCUGCGCCUCGCACGUUGAGUACGUUGUUUUCUUAGACUGGGUAAUGCUGGAUUUAAGUUACGUUACAGUCAUAUAUAGAUUAUGCGGAAAAUUGUGCUUCUGGUAGACCUCAAUAAGGCAGUGAUAACCACGACAAAAAAAAAAAAAAAAGAGAUGCUCGCUUUGACACUGGACAGAGUUACACAUAAAAUGUGCUAUCAAAGAUGGUACCCCACUGUACUGUACUGGAUGAAACAUUUUUUGUCUCUGUAGCUGUAUGUAUCAUAUUUCUGCAGGAUACAGGAUUUUCAGAACCACUA